AUGUCUAAAUAUUAUUUUUACAAAGUAAACUUACCUUUGAUUUUAUUGGUUAAUAUAGAAAAAGAACCAAUGCAGACUGUUGUUGACCUUCAACUUCCAUACAAUUAUCGAAACCAACCUGAAAUCACUUUCAGAGUUACAAACCUGCAAGGGCAUACUAAAGCAUUCGAAUUAAAAGAUCAUUUUAAAUUGUUUGGCAACGUAUAUAAAGUUACUAUCGAAACGUUUGACGAUCGUGGGACUGAAACUUCAAAGGGAUCAGCACUGGUUCGCUUUAGACCACCUCCCUCACAGCCAUUCUGGAAUAAAGAUGUUACUUUUCAUGGACGAGUUCUACAAUUGGAAUAUUUGCCUUCAAAGUCCCUUAAUUUACAUUUUAUAGAUUCCGCUGAUGGUAAACGUAAACUUAAGGAACAUACUUUUAAUGCAGAAAGCAUUGAAAUGGGUGCAUUUUUGCAACCUGGUACUUUUAUUUCGGAAGCAAGAUUUAUUGAUAAAGUUAAAUUUACGCUUGAUUACAAACGGCGUAUCAUCAAAAUUAUAUUUGGAGUUCAAUAUAAUCAUCUUUUUAAGUUAGAAAUUCAAUUUAAAGAUGUGGAUGGUGAAAUUAUUGCUGAAUGCGAUAAAUCUCGAGCUAUUCUUACAGUUUCGAGCAAAUUUCCAGCUAGAUAUUGGUUUCACAAUGGUGCACAAAAAGCUACUGAUAAGUUUAACUGGUGUUACAAUGAUUGCUGGAAAAGAAAAACCGAGAUACGUGUUAAACCAAGAAGUGAAGAAGAGAGGUCGUUACCUCUCCAAUUAAAUAUGCCAAAUCAAAGUGAUCAAAUUGGCAAAUGGGUUGUUUUUAGAAUUACAUUCGACUUUAUUUCUAUGAAAAAUGGUCUAAAAGAAAUCAAAGAUAUGCUGACAAAGGCUAGAGAAUAUAAUCUUGCAUCUAAACUUGGUGAAUUUAGAGAUUAUCCAAUUCAAGUCAUCAACUCUGAUUCAUUACAAAAAUAUUUAGAUAGAUCUAAAUUACAUUUUGAUGUAGCUUAUAUGGUAGAAAGUAAUAUAACUCAUAGUUAUCUAAACGAUUAUAAUCUUUCGGAAGAUUUCUAUAAAAUUUUAUCACGACAAUCAACAGGAAUUGCGGUUAGAAUUUUGGAAACCAUAGCAGCUCGUAAGAAACGUAUCUUUGAUCCAUUGGCAUUUAUCAACAAUGAGAUUUUAAAGCUUUUCAACGUUGAUGUUAAAGCUAAAUACGUUCCUCCUUACUGUGUAAUGAUGCGAAAGGUGGUUGUUACACCAACUACCAUGUAUAUUUUACCACCUUCAAUGGAAACCUCUAACCGUGUAAUUAGACAUUUUCGGGAUUACAAAGAUAAUUUCCUACGUGUUCAAUUUACCGAUGAGGCAUCAGGAAAGGUUGGAGCCAACUCUGGUAAUGAUGCACUAUAUAAUAAAAUAUAUCAAACAUUAGUUAGUGGAAUUAAAAUUGGGGAUCGCCAUUAUGAGUUUCUGGCAUUCUCUUCAAGUCAAUUGAGAGAUCAUUCUUGCUGGUUUUUCGCCCCAACAUUCGAUUUAACAGCAGACGAUAUUCGAGCAUGGAUGGGGGAUUUUUCCGAAAACCAUGUUGUCGCAAAAUAUGCGGCUCGUAUGGGUCAAUGUUUUUCCAGUACCCGUGCAAUAGCACAUUUACAAGUUGAUGAUAUAAAAGAGAUACCAGAUAUAAUUAGGGGUAAAUACAAUUUCUCAGAUGGAGUUGGAAAAAUUUCAUCAUCUUUAGCUAGAACUAUAGCACAAAGUUUAGAAUUGAAAAAUACACCUUGUGCCUUUCAAUUUCGUCUUGCAGGCUGCAAGGGUGUACUUUGUUUAUCUCGAUAUUUACGUGGUAAUCAAAUUCAAGUUAGACCGAGCCAAUGUAAAUUCGAUUCGGCACAUCAUGUCCUCGAAGUUAUUAGAGGGUCAUGUAUGAUUACUGCCUUCCUCAACCGACAAGCCAUAACUUUAUUAUCUACACUAGGCGUUCCUGAUGAAAUUUUUAUUGAAUUAAAAAAUCAACAAGUGCAAGAAUUAGAUAAAAUGCUUAAAAGCGAACACAUGGCGAUGAGUGUAUUGCUUAAAAACGCCGAUGAACAUGGAAUGACACGUAUAAUGUCAGAUUUAGUGAAAGCCGAUUUUUUACAAAGAAAAGAUCCAUUCCUUCUUAAUUUACUUGCACUAUUUAGAAUUAUGAUGUUAAGAGAUUUGAAAAAAAAAGCAAAAAUUCGUAUUGAUGAAGGAGCAUUUCUUUUAGGAGUAUUAGAUGAAACAGAUACUUUAAAAGAUAAUCAAAUAUAUUGUUGUAAAUCUGAUCCACAGAAUCCAAAUGCUAGACAAGUAAUUAAGGGAACAUGUGCUGUAUAUCGUAAUCCUUGUUUUCAUCCUGGGGAUAUUCGAAUUGUUACCGCUGUGGAAUGCCCAAAGUUAGAUCAUCUUGUUGAUGUAGUGGUAUUUCCGGCACAAGGUUUUCGUGAUAUUCCUAGUCAAUGUAGCGGAGGUGAUCUCGAUGGUGAUGAUUUCACUAUCAUUUAUGAUCAAAGACUUAUUCCUGAAAUAAAAAAUGUUGAAGCGAUGAAUUAUGAAGCACCAAAACCGGAAGUAGUUGAUUAUGUUACAAUUGAUCACAUUAAAAAAUUUUUUGUGAAUUAUAUUUGUAGAGAUCAAUUAGGAUCUAUUGCUAAUGCACAUUUAGCAAAAGCUGAUGCAGCAGAAAAUGGAGCAUUUCAUGGUCAAUGUAUUCGGUUAGCACAACUUCAUUCCGAAGCAGUAGACUUUCCAAAAACUGGGAAAACAUCAGAAUUUCCUAAUGAACUUAAGGUGAAAAGUUUUCCAGAUUUUAUGGAAAAACCAGAUAAACCAUCGUAUCCAUCUCAAAAAGUUCUCGGAAGACUUUACCGAUCUAUAGAAGUUGCAGAUUUUAGUCCUUAUACAGAAAUUGUUUUCGAUGAUCGGUUGUUAGUUCCAGGAUAUGAAGCAUUUGUGGAAGAUGCACGUGCUUGUAAAAGAGAUUAUGAUUCAGAAGUACGUGGUUUAAUGAACCAAUACGGAGUAUUAUCAGAAUAUGAAGUGGCUAGUGGAUUUAUUGUCAACACAGUACUUAAAGUGGAAAAGAAGAAGCCACGUGAUGUACAAAAAUCAGUAUCAGAUAUGAUUGCAGUUAUUAGACGACUUUAUAAAAAAAGAUUUGAAAAAGAAUUUUAUGUUGAAGGACCAGAAGGAUCAAUGAAUGUAUCACCAGAUUCUCGGGGUCUUUUGGAAGCUAAAGCUUCAGCAUGGUAUUACGUUACUUACCAUAAAGAAGAAAUUGGAGAUGAUCCAACAGAUCAAAUGAUAUCCUUCCCAUGGGUUAAUCAUGAAAUUUUAUGCGAAAUAGCCACGAAGAAUAGUGGCAAAAAAAGAGAAAGAGCAUUUAAUGAAAUUUAUAAACAAGACAAAAAAUCAUCACGAGCAUCGAGUUUAGCAAAUUCUAUUGAUUAUAGUAGCUUUGACACCGAUUACCUUGAAACUCAAGGAGAUGGAAUGGAUAAACUUAUUAGUAGUAUUGCAAGAACGCAAAGCAAGCAAUCUCGCAUGAAUUGGUAG